UCAGUCUCGACUGAGUACUCUCAAACCUUAAGGAAAGCGCUUCAACGAACCCAUCAUGGGGGACGCAAAGCUCUGCCUUUUGCUACUUCUGAGCACCCUUGCCUUGGCCUAUGCCCAAGACAAUGCUGAAGAAGAAAAUCCAACAUGCUUACUGGCAAAAAGGUAUAAGAGCCUUCACAAAUAUGAAUACCAAUAUGAAGCAGAGUCCCUGAAUGCCGUGAACGGAGCUUCCAACCUCAGGAACGGACCAAAGGGAUCUUGCAAGGUCGAGAUUGAAGUUCCUCAGUCUUGCAGCUACAUCCUGCGCACCACAGGCUGUAGCUUGAGUGAGGUUGUCGAUAUGGACUCAGAGGGCAACCCUGUGUUCGGACCUGCCCCCGGAUCUGAUGCCUUCGCUGCUGCCAUGGAGAAACAUCCUCUGAAGGUUGUGGUUGAGGGAGUGUACGAUGUGAAACUGUACCCUGAGGAGGAUGAGUCCGUGACCAUCCUGAACAUCAAGAGAGGUAUCGUCUCUGCCCUUGCCGUGCCCCUGCUGGAAGAGGAGAACAACAAGAAAAUGCCCACCAUCCACGGCAUGUGCAAGACCCACUACAUAGUCAACGCCAUGGAGGACAUCGCUACUGACAUCACUCUCAACAGGGACUUGUCCAAAUGUGACCACUUCAUCCCCCAGAGGGACCACACCAGCCCCCUGGCCCUCAUCUCUGGCAUGCACUAUCCUCUUGCUCAGCUGAUCAGAAGCUCCCAGACCUGCAACUACAAGUUUGACAAUGACAAGAAGCACAUGAUCUCUGGUGCCUGCACUGAGAACCACAUCCUGGUGCCUUUCUCUCACAAGGGAGAGUAUGGAGUUACCAACGUUGGCAAGCAGUUCCUGACUCUGCUGGAGGUUUCCACAUACAAUGAGAGAGUUUUUGACCACAAUGUGGCCAACCUCAAGGGUCUGCCAAUGGAAGCUGCUGAGGACAAGAGUGUUGUUCAGGACAAGGAUGCUACUCUGGCCGUCCUGAGGGAACUGGCCACUCUGUCCAACGGUGAGAGGAGAGCCCACCUCUUCCAGCAGCUUGUGAGCAUGGUCCGUGGAAUGAAGGCUGAGACCCUGAGCCCUGCUAUCCCCGAGGCCCUGAAGGUGUCCGGAUCCCUGACCUACCAGGUUCUGGCCCAGUGCGGUACCCCAGAGUGCAGCAGUGCCAUCAUGCAGAUCCUCAGGACCUUUGACAACUCUGCCUUUGAGGUUGAUGCCGUCGUGUUCGCCUUGGGACUGGUCCCCAACCCCUCUGCCCUCCUGGUCAGCGACAUGCUGGCUAUGGCACGGUACAAGCAGAGCAAGCCUAUCCUGUAUGCCCUGAGCAAUGUUGUCAAGAGGUUCUACAAGGCUGAGGGCAAAGUGACCCCUGAGAUCGAGGCUGUGGCUGAGUUUGCAGUUGCCCAGCUGGGUGACUGCACCGGUGACAAGGAGCAGAACUUCCUGACCCUGAGGGUUAUUGGUAACAUGGCUGCAGCCAUGGGAGCCGCUAGUCCUGCCCUGAAGUCUGCUGUGAUCCAGUGUGUAAACGAGCCCGCCGCUUCCCUGGAAGUCCAACAGGCUGCCAUUCAGGCAUUCAGACAGACCCCUGUCCCUGAGGAGGGCAGAGAGGUGCUCAUGCAGGUUCUUUUGAGUGGUGCUAGCCCCCUGCAGAAGCGUGUUGCUGCCUACCUGGUGCUGAUGAAGGACCCRCAGCCUGCUGAACUGGCUCAGCUGGCCGCCGCUCUGCCCAUCGAAGAAGACCAGCAGGCCAAGAGCUUUGUCAUCUCCCACCUGACUAARAUACUGGKAUCCACAGCAGCRGAGACKCAGGAGCUGAGACAGAAYAUUCUUGAUGCCCUGCAGGYCAAUGAGGUUGGAACUGUCAUGGAUCCCACCAAGUUUUCCCGCAACUACAWGAUCGGAUCUGUGCAAGGAAAUAUGCUCUUCGAGGGCACCAGCUAUCUGCCCAAGGAAGUCAUGCUGGAGAUGACCCUGAAGGCCUUCGGCUACAAUGUUGACAUGGUGGAGGUUGGCAUGGAAGGCAAAGGACUUGAGCCAACUGUUGAGGCUUUGUUCGGAGAGAACGGAUUCUUCCCUGACACAGUUCUAAAGACCGUCUACUUCGUUUCUGACAAGAUGCCUCUGCAGGUUAGUGAGGUCAUGAAGAGGAUGAUGCCCGCUCUGAAGAAAGACAGAAUGAAGAGACAGGCUUCCCAGAACAUCGUGAGAGAAAUUGGCCGCAACCUCAACAAACUGGUAAGGAAUCUGAAGGCUCAGGAGUCCCCUGAGGCUAUGAUUUACCUGAGACUGCUGGGAAAUGAACUUGGAUACCUGAAGACCAAUGAGAUGGAGAAGAUGGCCUACUCUGCUGGUCUGAUGAUUGACAACGUACUCAAGAUGUUCCCCACAGAUCUGAUGAAGGGACUGAUGACCAACGCUGACAAUGAAGUCUUCGCCCAUUACAUCUUCAUGGAUAACGAAUUCUUCCUGCCAACUGCCACUGGUGUACCACUGAAGAUUGCCCUGUCUGGUACCUUCACCCCUGGCAUCAAGGGAGGACUGCACAUUACACCCGACAUGAGCGAGGUCUCCUUCAUGCCCUCCGCUGGAAUUGAGUUUGUGGCCCGGGUUGGUUCCCACAUUCCUGAGUACCUUCUCUCUGGCUUGGAGAUGCACACCAGCCUAUACCAUGAGAGUGGGCUCAGCGCUAAGAUCGUCAUGGCCGACAACCAGGUCAAGCUGACCAUCCCUGCUCCUCAGGGUCCUGCCAAGCUCAUCAGCAUCACCAACAAGCUGUUCGAAGUGACCUCUGCUGGAGUGAAACCCAUCCCGUCUCUGGUAGAGGACAGAAUUGAUGUGUCUGAGUGCACUCCAUUCUUAGCUGGUAUGAAGUACUGCAKCACCCUUCAGUACUCUGAUGCUAGCUCCCAUGACACUGCACCCUACUUCCCCUUUACCGGAGAUAGCAAGCUUGCUGUGGAGCUCCGCCCCACUGGUGAGGUCACUGAAUACACGGCCACCAUCGGCUACGAAAUCCUCAGGGAGGGAGAAGAAGGUCGUCAGAAAGUUGACACUGUAAAGAUGGUCCUGAAGGCAGAAGGUGCUGACCCCACUGAGGCCACAGCCACUGUGAAGUACAACAGGAGGAAGAAUGUCCUCACCACCGACAUCCAGAUCCCUGACUUUGACUUGGAGGCCGGAAUCAGACUGGGCGUUGUGGAUGGCAACACCAAGGGCAAAGGAAUACACUCCAUCUCCAUUGACCUCAUCAACAAGAACAUCCCUCAGCUGUCCCUGGUUGGCCGCGCUAAAAUUGAGGCCAUGAAGGAUGCUAUGCUGCAGGUGCAGCUGCUUGUCCCUUCAAUCAAGGCUGACGCCACAGUUACAGCCAACGUGAAGCGUGGUGAGGAACUGGAACUUGAGCUUGAGAGUGACAUCAAGCUCCCAGAGACCACCUCAGUGCAAAAGAUCACCCUAAAAUAUGAUGACGAGAAGAUUGUGGCUGAGGUCAAGUCUGACAUGAACUCUGAGAUCCAGAACAUCCUCCCUCACGAGGCAAUCCAGAAGAUGGUCAGUGAUGUUCUUGAUCAGCAGGUGGGCCAGACCGACAUGAAGGUCCGUCACAUCCUCACCAAGUCUGUGGAGGCAACCAACAACUACCUGGAGAAAUAUGCUGCUGAUAUCCCGUACAUGCAGAACCUGAGAGUCCCUGGGAUGCCGGAGAUGACUCUGCCUGAGAAACUGUUCCUGAAUGCUGAGGCCACAGCUGCUUACCACUUCAACAAUGAGCGUAUCUUCAUCGCCAUUCCCCUGCCUCUUGGUGGAAAAUCAUCUGAGGAGCUGAACUUCCCAGCUGCACUGACCACACCACACCUGGUUCUGCCCCUGCUUGGCUUGGACAUUGCAUCCAUGGAGAUCCCCAUCCCUGAGCUUUUCAUCCCAGAGACCCUUGAUGUGUUUGUGCCCCUCUUCGGAAAAGCUCAGCUGUCCACAAAAGUGAAGAGCAACUUCUACAACUUGGAGGGCUCAGUGUCUGCUGGCAAAGAUGCCGUUGAGACACCAAGCUAUUCUGCCAAYUUUGAUGUGACAGGCAGCUGCUCAAUGGAACUCCUGUGCAUCAAGAUUGAAGGAUCUGGAUUGCUUGCCACCACUSCUGCUGAUUCCAUCAAGGCCCAUGUGAAGACCUCCGUGAGCCACAAGCUCAUUGAUGCCAGCAUUAGCAUAAGGGAAGUUGGCACUGUUACAGACAACAAGAUCAAUGUGAAAUCCAGCAGCAAAAUCGAAGCAACAAGCCCCAUGGGUCUGAGUGUAAAUCUAGAGCACACCGGCCAAGUUGGCUUCAAUACUGAAGUGUCAAUAUUCACUCCAACACUGAAGAUCUCUGGUGAUAGCAACUUGGAGGGAACAGUCAAAGCAGGACAUGUCUAUGGCACCACAAUCACCACACAGUCUUUUACCAUCUUCCCAUUCAGACCAGAGGCAAAGAUUGAUUCUUCCCUGAAAAUUYAUUCAACCAUUCUUAAGGCCCAGAACACCAUUGCUGCAUCCUUUGCCAAUGGCGAGCUYUCUGUUGUGUCUAACACGAAUGCAUUCGAAGACAUCCUGACCCAUGCUGCUGAACUUGCCUUCAAGGAUAACCAGCUGUCRCUGAAAUGUGACACCAAUGCCCUUGCCCUUGGCAUGAAGAUCCACAACCAGGRUGAYGSUUCUGUUGGCUCUGGAGCAGUCACAAUCAAGAUGGAGWCCAACYCUGAKRACUCWYKGAAUCGCAUAUACUCUCUUSUCACUGSCUCCCUGGAUGUCAYUGGCCUGGCUGUGAACAGUGAUGCCACUGUAAAGCUGCUUGAGAACAAAGCUGRACACAAAGCUACCCUGACKAUGAACAAGGAUGGCCUGGCCACAWGCGGAACAARCACCCUGCAGGGCCCGUUCACCAUGGAGAACACCUUCAACGGUGGAAUUGAUGCCUCCAAGGCUACUCUGUCCAUUGAGACCAAGAGUGCAUUGAAUGACAUGAAGGUUGAGAAUGCCAACUCACUGACCAUCACUCUCUCCASCCUUGCCUUCAKCUCAAAGGCUGAGGCCAUUGUCAGCGAGAGCACUUCCUAUACACAUGACAUCACCAUUGACRUGCAGGACUACACUGCCUCUGUAAAUYUGAACAAUYACCUGAAACUGCUGGGAGCCAACCUAGUCAACGAGGCUCAGCUGAAGGCAGUGYUCUACAAAAUUGACUUUACUGGAAGCCUGAAGGCGGCCUAUGGUGAGGAAGAGCUCAAACACACCUAUGAGAUCAACUAUGCAGACUUGACCGCUAAUGCUAAGUGCAGCACUACUGGAAAMCUCCUUGGUGCUCACAUGAGCCACAACARUGAGCUUGAAAUUAUUGGCCUUGCUGCAAYGAUCCAKAAUGAWGCRCGCUUCAACUCCCAGCCMUUCCGKUUCGACAACACCAUCCGUGCCAGCAUUAUUCCCUUCYACUUCAAUCUUGARGCCAUCUURAAUGCUGAUGGUGACCUGACCRUGUAUGGCAAGCAGAGCGCUCAGCUCUAUGGAAAGUUCCUCCUUAAAGCACAGCCCCUGGCUUUUGCCAGCUCUCAUGAAUGCAGAGCUUCUGUCACCCAGCAGCUGGACAAUGGCUUCUACCUGGAGACCACACUGGACAACAAGAUGGACACACUUUUGACUCCCCAGGAGCAGAAAGCCACAAUCAGGGUGAAGUCCAAGGUGAACAACCAUGCCCUCAAUCAGGAAGUGAGUGCCUACAACAAUAAUGAAAGGCUUGGACUGGAGCUGUCUGCAACCCUCCUCACCGGCCUCCUGAACAUAGCUGCCAGUGAAGACCAGGAAUUCACAAUUUCUGGUUUCCUGAAGUAUGAUAAGAACACUGACAGUCACUUGAUUAACCUGCCCUUCCUUGAAAGUUUGCCUGCAAUCCUGGAAAACAUCAAGAUCACUAUUGUGAGCAUGGCAGAGAAACUGCAGAAUUACAUUAACAGUGAAGAGAUCAAGGCUAAGCUUGAGGCUCUGCCCCAGCAUGUGAGUGACUUUGUUACCAAACUGAAUCUUGAAGGCAAGGCUGUCCAGCUCAAACAGGACCUGAUUACCCUCACCCAGGUGUAUGCCAUCUCUCUGGAAGACCUAGAGGCAUUUCUGGUGAACCUCAAGACAGCUUUUGAAAACCUGCUGAUUGAUCUGUCAUCCCGCAUUCAGGGAAUUGUUGAUGUUACCAAGGAUAUGAUUGUGAAUGGCAUCCUGUCUGAAACUGUCAUCCAGAGGCUCAACCAGGAGCUGAAUGCCAUCAACAAGGAGUAUCAAUUAACUACAAUGAUCAUAGCUGUCAUUGAUGCCAUUGAAGAGCUGAUCAAGCAGAUUGACAUGCAGAAACUGAAGGACAGCAGCAUUGCACUCCUGCACGACAUUGAUGCCCAGUUUCAAAUCAAGGCUAAGCUUGAAAAUGCAGUGAGUGAAUUGAAGCAGUUCAUUGAGAACUUUGACAGAACCCAAUUUGUUGAGGAUCUGAGGAACUACAUUACCUCCCUCAACUUGGAAGCUUAUGUUGAGCAGCUGAUAGAUCAGUUUCAGCAAGAUUGGCAAAGAUUCAGCAAGGCUAUUGAGCCUGUCAAGGCAGUGAUUCAGGAUUUCGACAUCUUUGGUAAGUUGAAUGCUUUCCAUGCCAAGUUGACAGAACUGAUUGUCAAAUAUGAUGUUGACAAGAAGGUUGAAGCAGUCCUGGAGAAGGUUGUGGACCUCAUUAAGCAGUUUAAAAUUGGUGAAACAAUUCAGGUCCUUGUUAACAAGCUGACGGCCAUCGAUAUCCCAGGGAAGGUAAUGCAGAUGCUGGAAGAAGCCAUCAACUACUUGAAAGCUACUGAGAUCAAACAGGUGAUUGACCAGCUGAACGAAUAUCUCGACUGUGUUGUCCAGAAGCUGAAGUCAUUUGAUUACAAUGCCUAUGUGGAUGAAACCAACCAGAUGAUUGCUGAAUACACCGCUCAUGUGAAUGAGCUGAUCAAGGCACUUGAGAUCCCACAGAAACUUCAGGCUUCAAGAAAGUUUGUCAACUUUGUUGUGUCAUCUGCACUUAACUACAUUGAACAUCUUAGGGAAAUCAAGGUUGCAGACAUGAUCAAAACAGUGAAGGACAUGGUCGACCAUGCCAUCCUUAAUGACCUUAAGGCAAUUUCUGACAGCCUGAAGCAGAGAAUCACUGAUAUGGACCUCAGAAAUUAUAUAAUCUCCUUCCUGCAUCAGCUGAGCGAACACUACACCAUGGUCACCACCAUCAUCAAUGAGGUGUUCGGCAAUGUGUUUGAGGUGAUCCAGAAGUUUGCUGGUGAACAACAAAUUGUCAGCGAGGUCAAGCAGAUAAUUGAGGGWGUUGUUACUGGACUGAAGACAGCUYAGCUGGACUURCCUUCAUUCACCAURCCUCUCACUGACCUGGUCAUGCCCUCCAUGAAGGUCAGCCUGGAGAAGCUUCAGGAGAUUGAAAUUCCAACACAGCUGGAUAUCCCUGAGUUCACUAUCCUGGGUUUCCACACAGUGCCAGCCACCACCGUUUCCUUUGACGAUAUCAAGCAGAAGGUCACAGAGCUCAUKGARUURAUUGUCAACUUUGAGAUCCAGAWMCUUYAUUUGGAUGRUUUCURRGGAGACCUGYCCAUGAGCUACCUGCCAACCCUACCUGACAUUACUCUCCCAGAGAUCACAUUCCCAGAGUUCUCCUUCCCUGCCCUCCCUAAGAUGGCCYCAGAGAAGCUCCUAGAGAUUCCAACUCUCCAGAUCCCUGAGAUCAAGCUCCCUGCCAUUCCCAGUGAGAUCAGUCUCCCUUGCUUUGGCAAGCUCUAUGAGAUCAGUGUCAUUCACCCCAGUCUACAGCAUAGGAGCUCUGCUGAGCUCUGGAACAACACUGAAAAUGAGAUGACUCCUCAGUUCACUGCUCUCCUGGACCCAGGCCACAUCACCCAGUAUUGAGAUCCUCAAUUUCACCUGAACUCCAGUGUUCGUGUUGAUCCCAAAAUGAGACGCAUGAUUGUUGCAGAGACCCUUACGUUCAUUCACAAUGCACUUGCAGUUGAACAUCAGGCAUCAGUGAUCAUCUACGGAUCUUCAUCCAGCCUCAGCUAAGACCACAGUCAAGGCAACCAUUGCACAACUACACGGCUGACAUUAUCAUAAUGCUUUUGCUAUGGGGGUGGAAUAUCUGCCUCUGUGGACACCACCUACAACCACCAGAUAAAUAUCCCAAUCAUUGGUUCACCAAUGGAGCCUCUGUGACCCAAAGGUUGUUGCCCGCCUGGAGGACACAACAAUCAC